AUGUCUUUCACAGGAACUCUAGACAAAUGCAAUGCUUGCGAUAAGACAGUCUAUGUGGUGGACAUGUUGUCCAUUGAAGGAAUGCCUUACCACAAGUCUUGCUUCAGAUGCACCCACUGCAAAGGAACCCUUGUGAUGAGCAACUAUUCCUCCAUGGACGGAGUCUUGUACUGCAAGACUCAUUUCGAGCAACUCUUCAAGGAAUCUGGCAAUUUCAGUAAAAACUUUCAACCAGGAAAAACUGAGAAGCCAGAACUGACUAGGACGCCCAGCAAGAUAUCUUCCAUCUUCUGUGGAACACAAGACAAGUGUGCUGCUUGUGAGAAAACUGUUUACCCUCUUGAAAAGGUGCAAAUGGAAGGAGAAUGCUUCCACAAGACAUGUUUCCGGUGCGCCCACGGUGGCUGCACGCUCACUCACUCCUCGUACGCCUCCUUAGACGGCGUCCUCUAUUGCCGGCAUCACUUUAACCAACUCUUCAUGGAGAAAGGCAACUACGCUCACGUCCUCCAAGCCGCCAACCACCGUCGCACCGCCUCAGGCAACACUCUUCCCCCGGAGCCUACAGACCAAGACAUCGCCAUCGAGGCCAAGGAAGAGAACGGCGUCUAA